AUGAUAGUCACAACUCUUCGAAACUCCCUCCCGCGACCAGCAGUCCGCUUGACGCGCUGCCGUCUUUGCGCUCGUUCUCGAAGGUCUUUUUCAUCCUCUAAUUCAGCUUUGCAUCCCACUGCUCCCAUCUCCGCUCUCACCCCCCCGAUCCUAGGAUCUCUCACUGGGGAGCUAGAUAAACUCGCUCCUAGAUUUGAGAUUCGGGCAAACCAAAUAUGCGUUAUAAAAACCCCCAGCGAAUUCUAUUCAGCUCUUAAGGAUCGGAUAUUGAAAGCUGAAAGACGGAUCUUUUUAUCCACAUUAUAUAUUGGGAAAACGGAGCAUGAGCUUAUUGAUAUACUGAGAGAAGCGCUUCGCCGUCAGCCUAAGCUGAAAGUUUCAAUAUUGUCUGAUGCAUUAAGAGGGACCCGUGAAACCCCAAAUCCAUCUUGUGCAUCACUCCUGGUACCUUUAAUCUCUGAGUUUGGUGCAGACCGGGUGGAAAUUCGGAUGUAUCACACGCCAAAUUUGAAGGGAUUAAAAAAGAAGAUAGUACCCCAGAGGCUCAAUGAGGGAUGGGGUUUGCAGCACAUGAAAUUAUAUGGUAUCGAUGAUGAGAUUAUCAUGUCUGGGGCGAAUCUCUCAACAGACUACUUCACCAACCGCCAGGACAGAUACCAUAUAUUCUCCUGCCCAAACCUGACAGGUUACUUUGCUGGAAUACACCACGCUAUGUCUUCAAUUAGCUACAAUGUUCUCCCAGGUCCCAAAGAGCAAGGAGGAUACGCACUCGAAUGGCCAGAAUCCAAUCCAGCUCCGAUACCUACGGAAGAGCCCAAGGAAUUUCAGAUCGCAGCAACUUCCCUACUCGCACCUUUGAUAAGGCCGAAACUUACCCCUACCAAAUCACCUUCGUCCACCCCUAAAACCGUUGUAUACCCACUUGCCCAAUUUACUCCCCUUCUCUACCCGCAAGAUACUUCGACGGAGCACCCAGCACUAUCUUCAGUUCUGCGGCUCUUAUCCAGUGAUGCUUUUGCCGAUUCAAGGUGGGUCUUCACCGCCGGAUACUUCAAUAUCCAUACGCAACUUAAGAAGUUGUUAUUAGCCUCCAAGUCAGUAGAGGGGAUAGUUGUGACAGCUGCGCCGGAGGCGAACGGUUUUUACGGUAGCAAAGGCGUAUCCGGGAUGUUACCAGCCGCAUACACUUUAAUGGCAAGGCGAUUCCUGGACGAUGUAAUAAAAGUGGGAAAGGGUGACAAAAUUCUAUUGAAGGAAUGGAGGAGAGGUACGAUUGGGAAGGAUCCGGAUGCUUGGACCUAUCAUGCGAAAGGCGUUUGGAUAUCAUUGCCCAAUGAAGACGACCCGAGUAUCACACUUAUCGGUUCGUCAAAUUAUACAAAAAGAUCUUAUUCUUUGGAUUUGGAAAUCGAUGCACUAGUGGUAACGGAAGACGAAGGGUUAAAAAAGGCAUUGGGUGAGGAAGUCGCUUGGUUGCAAGAUAAUGCUCGUACUGUCACGAUGCAAGAUUUUGAGAGGACGGAAAGAAGAGUUUCCUUGAAAGUGAAGUUAGCGUUGUGGAUCGUGAAGGCUAUCGGAGGGCAGUUGUAA